AUGGCGCAACUCGAUACACUUGAUUUGGUUGUCCUGGUAGCUCUCUUGGUGGGUAGUGUCGCCUACUUCACCAAGGGGACUUAUUGGGCUGUCGCCAAGGAUCCUUAUGCUUCGACUGUCAAUGGUCUCAAUGGCGUCGCCAAAGCCGGAAAGACCCGCGACAUCGUGGAGAAGAUGGAUGAGACUGGCAAGAACUGUGUGAUCUUUUAUGGCUCGCAAACUGGUACCGCUGAAGACUACGCUUCCCGCUUGGCUAAAGAAGGCUCCCAGCGCUUUGGCCUUAAGACUAUGGUGGCCGAUAUUGAGGACUACGACUACGAGACUCUGGACAAAUUCCCUGAUGAUAAGGUGGCUUUCUUUGUGCUGGCCACCUACGGUGAGGGUGAACCAACGGAUAAUGCAGUGGAAUUCUAUCAGUUCUUCACAGGUGAGGAUGUCGCCUUUGAGAGCGGUGCCUCCGCGGAUGAUUCGCCUCUGUCGUCCCUCAAAUACGUCACCUUCGGUUUGGGUAACAAUACUUAUGAGCAUUACAACGCGAUGGUCCGUCAAGUCGAUACUGCUCUGACCAAACUUGGUGCGACUCGCAUUGGUUCUGCUGGUGAGGGUGAUGAUGGCGCUGGAACUAUGGAGGAGGAUUUCCUCGCCUGGAAGGAGCCCAUGUGGGCUGCUCUCUCCGAUACUUUGGGUCUCCAGGAGCGCGAAGCUGUCUACGAACCGGUCUUCUCUGUUAACGAGGAUGAAGACGUGUCCGCCGAGGACGACUCUGUGUAUCUGGGAGAACCCACUGCUGCUCACCGUGAGGAUCGCGCCAAGGGCCCAUACUCCGCUCACAACCCAUUCAUCGCCCCGAUCGCCGAAUCUCGUGAACUGUUCACUGUCAAGGAUCGUAACUGUCUGCACAUGGAAAUUAGCAUUGCUGGAAGCAACCUCAGCUACCAAACUGGUGAUCACAUCGCGGUUUGGCCGACCAACGCUGGUGCCGAGGUCGACCGAUUCCUCCAGGUAUUUGGACUUGAAGACAAGCGCCACUCAGUCAUCAACAUCAAGGGUAUCGAUGUCACCGCCAAGGUUCCUAUUCCAACUCCGACCACUUACGAUGCCGCCGUUCGUUACUACAUGGAAGCUUGCGCGCCCGUCUCACGUCAAUUCGUCUCUUCCCUGGCCGCGUUCGCUCCCGACGAGGCAAGCAAGAAUGAGAUCGUUCGCCUGGGUAAUGACAAAGAUUACUUCCACGAGAAGAUCACUGACCAGUGCUACAACAUCGCUCAAGCUCUUCAGAGCAUCACUUCCAAGACUUUCUCUGCCGUCCCCUUCUCUCUCCUCAUUGAAGGUCUCAACAAGCUCCAGCCCCGUUACUACUCUAUCUCUUCCUCGUCUUUGGUUCAGAAGGACAAGAUCAGCAUUACUGCUGUUGUCGAGUCCGUUCGUCUCCCUGGUGCUUCGCAUAUGGUCAAGGGUGUGACUACCAACUAUCUCCUGGCUCUCAAGGAGAAGCAAAACGGCGAGCCUUCCCCCGAUCCCCACGGUCUCACUUAUUCGAUCACUGGACCCCGUAACAAGUACGAUGGUAUCCAUGUCCCUGUUCACGUGCGUCACUCCAACUUCAAGCUUCCCUCCGAUCCGUCCAAGCCUAUCAUCAUGGUUGGCCCCGGUACUGGUGUCGCUCCUUUCCGUGGUUUCAUCCAGGAACGUGCUGCUCUGGCCGCCAAGGGUGAAAAGGUUGGCACUACUGUGCUGUUUUUCGGAUGCCGUAAGCAGGAUGAGGACUUCCUCUACCAGGAUGAAUUCAAGACCUACCAGGAACAACUUGGUGACUCUCUGAAGAUCAUCACUGCAUUCUCCCGUGAAGGUUCCCAGAAAGUUUACGUUCAACACCGCCUCAAGGAAAAUGCUCCGCUUGUCAGCGAGCUUUUGAAGCAGAAGGCAAACUUUUACGUCUGUGGUGACGCCGCUAACAUGGCUCGGGAGGUCAAUUUGGUUCUUGGUCACAUCAUCGCCGAGCAGCGUGGUAUGCCUGCUGAAAAGGGCGAGGAAAUGGUCAAGCAUAUGCGCAGCAGCGGUAGCUACCAAGAGGACGUUUGGUCAUGA